CCUCCGGUGUCUCGCAAUGGUUUCAGUUUAGAUAGCUGCUGCAUCCAGCCGCCAGUCUCCGGACCGUCAACAUAUCCCUCAACACACCCGCACGCUCCUUGAUGAUCCUCGCUUGAGACUGUCGAUCUGAGUGCAGUAGGGAAAUACAUAUCAAGAGAGAAUCAUUACAAAAUGACACCUUCACGUAUAAACUCAUCCUUAAUCAGUACCGGCAACGUCACUAACCAGUUUGUGCAACCGACAUGGCAAGUGGUGCUGUGGACUUUGGCUUAUACUCUCGUGGUCGUGGUCGCUGUUUUGGGAAACCUCAUCGUCAUGUGGAUCAUCCUCGCGCACAAAAGGAUGCGUACGGUCACCAACUAUCUCCUCUUCAACCUCGCUCUCUCCGAUGCGAGCAUGGCGUCCUUCAACACGCUCGUCAACUUCGUGAGUGCGCUGCACGGGGACUGGUACUUCGGGGAAGGAUAUUGCAAGUUCCACAACUUUUUCCCGGUGGCGGCGGUAUUUGCCAGCAUCUACUCUAUGACUGCGAUCGCACUGGACAGGUACAUGGCGAUUAUCCACCCCCUGCAGCCGCGUCUGUCUGCAACGGUGACCAAGGGUGUGUGUGUGUGCGUCUGGGCGCUGGCUGUGGUGCUGGCCCUGCCACUGUGUGUGUUCUCCACCACCCGCGUCAUGCCGCACAAAACACUCUGCCACAUCGCGUGGCCCCGUGGCCCUCAAGACGCUGUCAUGUAUCACAUCAUUUUAGGCGUGCUGGUGUAUUUGCUGCCCCUAAGCAUCAUGGGAGUGACAUACAGUAAAGUGGCUCUGGUCCUCUGGGGGGCUGAGAUCCCAGGAGACUCCUCUGAGAACUACCACCAGCAGCUCCUCGCCAAGAGAAAGAUAGUGAAGAUGAUGGUUGCGGUGGUGGUAACCUUUGCCCUCUGCUGGCUGCCCUAUCAUCUGUACUUCCUGCUGACAGGGCUCAACAGGAGUCUGAUGCGCUGGAGGCCCAUCCAGCAGGUCUACCUGGCCGUCAUCUGGCUUGCUAUGAGCUCCACCAUGUACAACCCCAUCAUAUACUGCUGUCUCAACAACAGAUUCCGGACUGGUUUCAAACGAGCCUUUCGCUGGUGUCCUUGUGUGUCUCUGUCGGAGGUCGAGGAGCAGGAACUGCUGACCAGACAUCGACACACACUCCGCCAAAGCAGCGUGUACACACUCGCGCUCACGCGCCUCGAGUCCUGUCACGGUGACGCUAGAGCGCUCUCCGCCCGCAGGAAGAGCUCGGGCGCCCGUCAGGUUAGCCUCAAUGGGAUGCCCCACCCACAGCAGACACGCCUGUCAGUCAGCAGCGGAGGCCAGCGAGACGUCAGCACAAAUAGCUGAAGGUCAGACGGAAGACUGUGGAGGAGAGAGAUGAACACUGGCCCAGACUCUUUAUAGAUAGGAAGUGGAAAAUGCAACAAGUGAGAAAUACAGGAAGUGAGAAAUACAGGAAGUGAGAAAUACAGGAAGUGAAGAGCAUUUUGAAGGCAUGGUGAGAUAACAUCUAUUACUGACUAUUUGACCAGAUACCAGGAAAAUAACAAAAUGUCCACAGGAACAGAAAUUAGAAAAAUAACAAAAUGUGUAUUUGACCAGGCCGUCUGUUUUACUAUAAAAUAUCCUGUGCAUACAAACUGGGUGGACAAGGAAACCCGUGAUUUAGCAAGUACUGCAAGGAAGUUCAGUACUAAACCUUAGUCAAACUGUUGAAGAUCUUCAUGUUUUGUUAGAUUCUAGUCACUGUAUAUUUCACAGCCCAGUUAUCUGAGAUGGAGCCCAUUGUUCAUUGUUUUCAUUUCCCCCCAGUUUUAUAAAAGGGGAGAGCACAGCAGUCUAUUUCAUGAUGACAACAGCAGUUUUAUUUUCAUGGGCUGACGGCCUGGUUGUCUGCCUAUGACAAAUAUGUUACAUGGAGUCAGGCCAUGUGCAGGCUACUUUAUGAACUGUGGAAAGUGGUCCUGCACAACCUACGUAAGCUACAAGAUAUUUAGAACGGGCAGUGAUUUAUCAGAAGGGGGCUUGAGGAUGUCUUACUUAAUGGAGUUUUGCAGACAAUGAUUUUAUUCUAUGUGAACACAUAUAGCCUUGGCAACAUAUUUCUACAUGAACUGACUAGGAACCUAAUCGUAAAAUAGAAGCCCUCUUUUUUUUAAACGUAGUUUAAACUCACACACACUCUUGUGAAAAGAUGUAAGUGGUAUAUCAUAAUUACAGCAAGUAGUACAGCAACACUACAAGAAAAUAUCUGAAAAACACUUGUUGUGAUUACUGUAAAGGCGAUUAAAAGGCAAUUAACAAGUAGGAGAAAAAAGGAGUAGUAUAAUAAGAAAAAGGAGUGCAAUGUAGUGGAAUGAAAAUAGCUGCAGUUCAGUACAGGUCUAGCAGCUUCCUUGUAGAGACAUUAAAUCAAGUGUGUUCGCAGGCCACACACAUAUAAAGGACACAGAGGGGCACAUCUGAUACCCAUCGUGAGCUGGCUGCAGCAGUGGGGUUGCAUAAUAGCUAAAUGUUAUGUCUCCAUAUUUGGCUUUAACACCAGAGACCACGACAUGACCUGUUCCUCGUGAUUUAAGAGCCCUUCCUGGUUUACAUCCUGUAAGUACAUAAGAGACGCAUUUUGGUCCUCAUAAAAUGAUUGAUAAACUAGUACCGGUUCUGAAGCUGAAGGGGAUAUCGUCCUUGUCCUUUUGAGAUAUACCAUAGAAAUGUUUUGAAUGAGCUGUUAUUGUCUGAGGGUCUUUUUUUUAGACAACCAGAAAAAGAGCAUUGCAUUAGUAAAGCCUGCUAUCAGGGAAGACGUGGCUGACAAGUCUUGUUUGCUUCACUGGCUAUUGGUUGUUAGGCUGAAGAGGUGCUCCAGUGCUGUUUAUGUUGAAUGAGUCAUCAGGUUAUUUGUUGGCCUUGUAGGGUUACAAUGCACUUCUGUGUUGCCAUGUGUUUUUAUGCCUUCUGCGGCAUGAAUGGCCCAUUUAGGACAAAUAAUAAGUUGAAUUUAACUGAAUAUGUAGUUUCCUUCUUGCAGUCAGACUGCAAGUGACAAUCCUAGCAUCUGCCACUUUAACUGUGUCUCCUGGCUCCUGGUGAGGUUCCGUGGUGGAAGAGGCUAUAAGGGGCUUUGGCAGGUCGUUGUGUGGUGGCUGUGGCAGCACCUGUGUGCCCUCUUGUGCUGUCUGACAGCUGACUGAGAGAAAUGGAGACUGUUGGUGAGCUCUUUGGGUUUGGACGUUAUUCCUCUGAUUAUAGAACAGUAGUUUUCAAUGAAGUUUUGCCGUUUUUUUAUGUCGCAUGAUCUUUAGAGCAUAGUGUUUAAAGUAAGUCUCUUUCCCCUAGAACAUGUGCUAACUAGCUACAAACCCAACAACUAGCUUUGCCAACACCGACAACAGCACAGUUGACACUGAAAAAUCUAGCUAAUAAUAAUAAUUAAGACCUUUGUCAGGUUUUUUUAAUGGCACA